AUGGUGGCGCCUCUUGCUCGUAGAGUCUUUUCUCUCGCUUUUAUAAUUAUAUUAUUUAGAGCUCUGGCAGAUGACACCGCUCCUGAUUCCGUGGAGGAUCUGGUUGCGGGCGUGCCUGGUGGACAUCCGUCAGAGCUCGAAGAGGUUCUAAUGGACUUACAGCAACCAGAGCAGCCGCGUGGGCCCUCCUCUGGCACCAAAGCAAAGGAAGCAAAGGAUAAAUCUAAUGCUCACGUGUCUUCAGUCAACCAUCCGAACAAAAAGCUUACUCAAAACUCCUGGCUCACCAGUCUCCUAGGCAAGAAUAAGCAAAAGAAAAGCGAGUGCCAACGUUUGGUGGAAGCAGGAGAAAUACCACAAUCCAUUCAUUCACCCCUGAAGGCAUAUGGAUACCCGUCAUUUGAUACGGAAACCAAGAAACUAACCGUGGCAGCAGGGUUACCCCUUUCGAAGAUCAACGACUUCCCCGUGCCCAUAAAAGUCGGGUCUUUAGACUACAUCAUACAGGGCCGCGCUGCGAAGGUAUUGCUUUUUCUGUAUUGCUAUUCACAAUACAAUAUCGUGGGAUCUGUGCUGAAUCCCGACGGCCACUGGGACAAGACUCCCCAGUCGGUCCACCCGGUGUACCUACAAGUGUCGAAUGUGGGCCCUGACCCUCAUGGUUCAGUCAAGGCGAUUCUGCUACGCAGUGGUGUGCAGCAAAUUCUUAAAAGAGUUAGCCCUAUGGAAGUCAUGUUUUCUACCCUUCAGGGAGCACUUGAUGCGUCGCCCACACUCUGGAAUGGUGUGCGGCACGUGUAUGGAGUAACGAUGCGAGAGUGGGGCUGGCUCCAGCAAAGCAGCGAGGUGGCUAGCUUGUUAGGCAUCUCUCAGAGUGAAGCGGAGAGCAUCGUGGAGGACCUGCAAUCCCCAAGCACAGCGCAUUCUGGCGCCAAGCGCAUUUGGCAUCUGUUGAAUCAAACGAGGCACCAGAAAAGAGAUUCCGGUUGGAGUGACCCCAAGACAGUGUGCUUCGGAAAACCGAUUACGGUGACCAUCACCAUGUAUCCUAAGCCAUGUCACAAUAACAGGGCCACCCUCGCGCUAAGCAGCAGUACCGUGUCGGUCAAGGAGGCUUUUGAAGGAUUCGCCGAACUGCUAGUUAUGUUGGGGGGCAUUGACAAGUUGUACAAAGUGCCCGAUAGCUUCGUGACUUCGGCGAAGUAG